AUGAGCCAAGAACAACAAGCAGCGUGGGUAGAACAACAAAAGAUUCUGGAACAACGACGUAACGAAUUAGAAGCAUUCAAGGAGAAACUUCUAGAACAGCAAGGUUUAUUACAGACUCAGCAAAAAAAUCUUGCCGAACAAUCGAAUCAUUUCGAACAACAGCAAUCUCUCGCCGAAUUUCGUAUCGGGGAAGAUUCGGACGUCUAUGAAGAGCGUUUAAACCAGUACUUCAUAGAUAAUAACGUAUCGGGCAGUCAUCGUAUUGCUGUUUUGAUAACUCUGGUGGGCCAAGAGGCUUACAAAAUUUUGAGAGACCUAUGUGAUCCAUUGUUGUCGUCGACUAAGACGUAUACCGAGCUGUGUGAAAUUUUGAAAGGACAGUUUGCGCCCAGAAUAGCUCCGUACAACGAAAGGAGGGAGUUUUUCAAUUUAACGCAGGGCGAAACAGAGUCGAAUGCUACCACUACGCUACAAGAAAUUCUGGAGGCAGCGAAAACCAAGGAGGCUUCAAUCGCUGUGUCGUCGAGAACGAGUAUGGCUGAUCUAUACAAAAUUAACACGACAGCGUCGAAAAAUCACUCGAGGAAAGACGCUUCGCAUCACGGCAAAACAACGCAAAAAUCGUCGACGCAUCGCUCCGCGGACGAGGUGUCAUCGAAUCAAGUCAAGGAGGCUCGGUCGGAAGCAUCAACACAGAAUUAUGUUGGUAUUGAAUUAAACGAGUCAAUAGAAUUCUCGGAUAUGUUAAAUCUCUCUAACGAAGCAGGGGCUGUAGAAAAACCAGAUUCGGUAGAACUAAACGUAGAGGGAAAAACAGUUUGUUUUAAAAUCGAUUCUGGAGCGGGCAAGUCAGUAAUUCCAGAGAAAUUGUAUAAGAAAUACUGGUCACACUGUGCUCUUGAAAACACGCCUGUUGGAUUGAAGAUGUAUGAUAAUAGCGUAUUGGUCCCUGUUGGUCAAAUUAAAGUCAAUAUUAAAUUCAGAGAAUUGGAUGAAAGAGGUACACUAAUAGUAGUCAAGGGAGGCGAAAAACCCUUGUUAAGUAAAGACCUCAUGAAAGUUUUGGGAUUUUAUAUCGCAUCGUUACCCAUGGCUCUUAAGAAAAAAUUAAACGAACAACUCGACAUUUUAGUCGAAAAUGGAGUAAUUUCGUUACAAAACGCGAAUGCGUGGGGUACUCCACUGGUCCCAAUUUUAAAAUCGGACGGUACCUUGAGAGUUUGUGCGGAUUAUAAGACCCCCGUAAAUCAUUUCGUCAAAGAUGUGAAAUAUCCAUUUCCCAGAAUUGAGGACAUUUUCGCGGCGUUGUGUGGGGGAGAAAGGUUCUCGAAAUUAGAUUUAUCCGCGGUGUACAACCAGUUGGAACGAACAAUGGAAAAAGUUCUGCAAGGAGCAGACGGGGUGGUAUGUUUUUUAGACGACAUUAUUGUAACCGGAACAGACCGUAAAGAACAUUUACAGAAUUUACAAGAAGUUUGUAAAAGACUGUCAGAAGUAGGAUUCAAAUUGAACGCAAAAAAGUACGCAUUUUUUCAAUCAGAAGUCCGUUAUCUUGGGCACAUAAUUAGCCAGGAAGGGUUAAAGAAAGAUCCCGAAAAAAUCGCAGCAAUUGUUAAGGUUCCCAGACAUUGGCAUGAAAGCUUUUUGACACAUUUCGAUGCCAAAUUGCCAGUAAAAUUGUCGUGUGACGCGUCGAAUACAGGAAUCGGAGCCGUGCUUUUGCACAUAUUUCCAGACGGUUCAGAAAAACCGAUCGCUUUCGCUUCGAGAAUACUCCGCAAUUCAGAAAAGAAUUAUUCUGUGAUACAUCGAGAAGCAUUAGCUAUAUAUUGGGCAGUUAACAAAUUUUUCCAAUAUUUAGUCGGAAAUGAGUUUAUUUUGUGCUCUGAUCAUAAACCGUUACAAGCAUUGUUCGGGGGAAACAAAGGUUUACCUCAACUAGCGGCAGGUAGAUUGCAACGCUGGGCUCUGUUUCUUAGUGGGCUGAAAUAUAAAUCUCAUUAUGUACCAGAGAAAGAUAACGGAGGCGCGGAUGCUUGGUCGUUUACGGAAAAACAAUUAUUGCCAAACGAGUACGGCAUAUUUCCGUAA